GAUGACUCCACACCUCUCUUCAUGUGGUUGAAAUCUAUUAGACUUCUGACGGAUCUGAAACUAUACUACGAUUUUAUUAAUUUAGAGUAAAACAAGAAAAAUAAUUAAUUCAAAAUGGUAUCUUUGAAUCCUCUAAGAAUUCUCAAACAAGAAGCCGAAGAAGAAAAAGCCGAAAUCGCUCGUCUUAGUAGUUUUGUGGGUGCUAUAGCUAUCGGAGAUUUGGUUAGGAGUACUUUAGGUCCUAAGGGUAUGGAUAAAAUUCUAAUAUCCAGUGGAAGAUCUGCAGGAUCUGUUGAAGUUACUAAUGAUGGUGCUACUAUACUCAAAUCUGUCGGCGUUGAUAACCCUGCUGCAAAGAUUCUUGUAGAUAUGUCAAAAGUACAGGAUGAUGAAGUAGGAGAUGGAACCACGUCAGUUACUGUUUUAGCUUCUGAACUUCUAAAAGAAGCUGAAAAACUUAUAGAGCAAAAAAUUCAUCCCCAAACCAUUAUUGCUGGUUGGAGGAAAGCGGUGGACAUAGCUAGGAAAGCCCUUUUGGACACUGCCAAAGAUAACAGCUCUGAUAUUGAAAAAUUCCGUGAAGAUCUGAUGAACAUUGCCAGAACAACAUUGAGCUCGAAAAUAUUGUCACAACAUAAAGAACACUUUGCAAAAUUAGCUGUAGAUGCAGUUUUAAGACUCAAAGGUUCUGGUGAUCUACAAUCUAUUCAGUUGAUAAAAAAAACUGGUGGUACAUUGGAAGAAUCAUUUUUGGACGAAGGUUUUUUAUUGGACAAAAAACCGGGGGUACAUCAACCAAAACGUGUAGAAAAUGCAAAGAUUUUGAUCGCCAAUACACCAAUGGAUACUGAUAAAAUCAAAGUGUUUGGAUCACAUAUUAAAGUCGAUUCUAUGGCGAAAAUAGCAGAACUGGAAUCAGCCGAAAAGGAAAAGAUGAAAGAUAAAGUUAACAAAAUUCUGAAACAUAAUGCUAAUGUGUUCAUUAACAGACAACUAAUUUAUAAUUAUCCAGAACAACUUUUUGCCGAUGCAGGUGUUAUGGCCAUUGAACACGCUGAUUUUGAUGGUAUUGAAAGAUUGGCACUUGUUACAGGUGGAGAAAUUGUUUCAACUUUCGACAACCCAGAUCUUGUAAAAUUAGGAUCAUGUAAACUUAUCGAACAGAUAAUGAUUGGAGAAGACGUUCUUUUGAGGUUCAGUGGAGUAGCUUUAGGUGAAGCUUGCACCAUUGUAAUAAGGGGCGCCACACAACAAAUAAUAGACGAAGCUGAUCGUUCAUUACAUGAUGCAUUGUGUGUAUUAGCUGCUACAGUUAAAGAAAGUAGAAUAGUUUACGGAGGAGGAUGUAGUGAGACUCUAAUGGCCACGGCAGUUUCAGCUGUUGCUGCAAAUACGCCAGGAAAAGAAGCUGUUGCUAUGGAAGCAUAUGCCAGAGCUUUGUUGCAACUACCUACUAUUAUUGCGGAUAAUGCAGGAUAUGAUUCCGCGCAGUUGAUCAGUGAAUUGAAAGCUGCACACAACAGCGGUCAACAUACCAUGGGACUCAAUAUGGAAAAAGGCGAAAUAGGAGACAUGAAAAUUAUGGGUGUUACUGAAUCGUUUGUCGUGAAAAGACAAGUAUUAAUUUCUGCAACUGAAGCAGCUGAAAUGAUCCUACGUGUUGAUGAUAUCAUUAAAGCGGCACCAAGAAAGAGAACUGAAGAUAGAGGAAUGUGCUGAUGAGGAAUUUUCGCUUUUUUUCAAUUUGAAGCUUUAUGUUUUUAGUUUUAAUUUGCAUCUUCAUAUUCUCACAUCUUAUUCUUACAAAUGUUUCUAAUAAAGCUACAUAAUCUUA